GUGAACCGCCAUCUUCCCUCCUCCUCCCAGCUUUCGUUCAAGCAUAGUUGCUUGUUGUUCUUGUUCUCAGGGUGUCAGUCCCUGUAGUAUCCUUACCUCAAUUCUACCGUUAGUCUGCCCCUCUAGGACUUUUUAUCUGUUCUAUCUCUUUCACUCCGCCAAUCCCCCCUGCCAUCUGACUUCUGAAACUGUCCGCCUAAACCCGACAAAAUGAGAGAAGUCAUCAGCUUGAACGUUGGUCAGGCCGGUUGCCAGAUCGCCAACUCCUGUUGGGAGCUCUACUGCCUUGAGCAUGGCAUCCAGCCCGACGGCUACCUCACUGAAGAACGCAGGAAGUCCGACUCGGACCAGGGAUUCAGCACUUUCUUCUCUGAAACCGGUCAGGGAAAGUAUGUCCCCCGAACCAUCUACUGCGAUCUCGAGCCCAAUGUUAUCGAUGAGGUCCGCACUGGCACAUACCGCAGCCUCUUCCACCCCGAGCAGAUGAUCACUGGCAAGGAGGAUGCCUCGAAUAACUAUGCCCGCGGUCACUACACCGUUGGAAAGGAGAUGAUCGACCAGGUUCUUGAUAAGGUACGCCGGGUGGCUGACAAUUGCUCUGGUCUCCAGGGCUUCCUUGUCUUCCACUCGUUCGGUGGUGGUACUGGUUCUGGUUUUGGUGCCCUUUUGAUGGAGCGUCUCUCCGUUGAUUAUGGCAAGAAGUCCAAGUUGGAAUUCUGCGUCUACCCCGCUCCCACUAAUGCGACUUCGGUCGUGGAACCAUACAACUCUAUCUUGACCACCCACACUACCCUGGAACACUCUGACUGCAGUUUCAUGGUCGACAACGAGGCCAUCUACGACAUCUGCCGCCGCAACCUUGGAAUCGAGCGCCCCAGCUAUGAGAACCUUAACCGUCUCAUUGCCCAGGUGGUCUCGUCUAUCACCGCCUCUCUGCGUUUCGAUGGAUCUCUCAACGUUGAUCUGAACGAAUUCCAGACCAACCUGGUCCCUUACCCUCGUAUUCACUUCCCGCUUGCCGCCUACGCCCCUGUUGUCUCUACUGACAAGGCCUCCCACGAGUCCAACUCGGUCAAUGAGAUCACCAUGUCUUGCUUCGAGCCCAACAACCAGAUGGUCAGGUGUGACCCUCGUAACGGCAAGUACAUGGCUACCUGCCUGCUCUACCGCGGAGAUGUCGUACCCAAGGACACUCAUGCCGCUGUUGCUACCCUCAAGACGAAGCGUACUAUUCAGUUCGUCGACUGGUGUCCUACCGGUUUCAAGAUUGGUAUCUGCUUCGAGCCUCCCCAGCAGGUCCCCAACGGUGAUCUUGCCAAAGUCAACCGUGCUGUCUGCAUGUUGUCCAACACCACUGCCAUCGCCGAGGCUUGGUCCGCUCUCGACCACAAGUUCGACCUCAUGUACUCCAAGCGCGCCUUCGUUCACUGGUACGUCGGUGAGGGUAUGGAGGAAGGUGAAUUCUCUGAGGCCCGUGAAGACUUGGCUGCUCUGGAGCGUGAUUACGAGGAAGUUGCAAGCGACUCAUUGGAAGAGGAGAUUGAGGCUGAGUACUAAGUUGGGAGCUUGUGACCAGACAGGCAGCCGCGCUGAUAUGUUUGGGUACUGGAAAUAAGGCAAACUGGGUUACUGACCCUUUAAUAUCUCGAUUCCUUUCUCUUGCAUUGGAGGCGGGCCUGUUGGACGAGUAGCUUAAAGUUGAACCGUGUGGAGAUAUGGCAGCUUGGUUUAGCAGCGUGGUUUCUUUUUGCGCGAUACACUUUUAAUAUCCCCAAACAAUUGAUGAAUUCCCACUCGUUUCAAGUCC